CCCUCUCUGCCAUUAUUGCCCGCGCAGCCAUCCCCUCUCUCUCUCCCCAUCGCCCCCGUUCAUCAGUAUAUGGGGACGUCCUGCUCCUCCUCGCUUCCUCAUCCAGUCCUCCCGCCUCCUCCUCUGCUUCCUUGCUCUCACCCUGCUUCCCGUUCGCGCGCGCGCAGACACGAGCUUGUUGUCCGCCACUCCCGCCUCGUACGUGCGCUAUCCCCCACCGCCUCAGCCCGCUGUCCCCCUGCUCAUCUCAUCUCAUCUCAUCGCCGCGAUUUAUACCACCACCAGGAACCAGCCAGCCAGCCACCACUCCCUCCUCCUCAGCAUUCCGCUUCUCUACUCUAGUCUAGUCCCCAACAACAACACCGGCGGGGGCUAGCUCGUUAGGCGUGCGUGGGAGCUACUCUACUCUACUGCUAGCCGCCGCCUAGCUAGCUAGGCCUAUCCGGCCAGUAGUACAUGUGAGGUCGGUCCAUGGGGGAGGAGGUAGCGGCGGCGGCGGCGGUGGUGCUGGAGCCGCCACGGCCCAAGUCGCCGCCGAGGUACCCGGACCUGUGCGGCCGCCGGCGGCUGCAGCUGGAGCUCCAGAUCCUCAACCGCGAGAUCGACUUCCUCAAGGACGAGCUACAAUCACUAGAAGGAGUUCCACCAGUUUCUAGAAGUUGUAAAGAGGUAAAUGAGUUUGUUGGUACAAAACAAGACCCACUACUACCGAUAAAGAAGAAGACGCACAGAUCUUGCCGCCUUUUUUGGUGGAUCAGAUCAAAAUUGUGCAUAUGCGUGUCAUGGUUCUGCUGCUCCUGCCAUUGCUUGCCCAACUGCAAAAGACCAUGCUGCUUGGAUUGCUCCUGCUGCUCAUGCCCAGAUCUGUCAUGCUGCAAGCCCAGCUGCAAAUCAUGCAACAAGCCCUGCUCUUGGCCCAACAGCUGUUCAUGUUGUGACACACCAUGCUGCAAGCCAGAUUGCCCAUCCUGUAGUUCGAGCUGCAGCUCGUGCUGCAAUCUGUCGUGUUGCAACCCGAACUGUAGCUCGUGCUGCACCUGCAAUCCAUCAUGCUGUAAACCAAACUGCAACUCGUGCUGCAGACCAAACUGUAGCUCGUGCUGCAAUCCGUCAUGCUGCAAACCUAACUGCGGCUCAUGGUGGAAACCGAGCUGCAGCUGCUUCAAGGCCCCCUCGUGCUGCAAACUCCAGUGCAGCCCCAACUGCUGCACUUGCAGCCUCCCGCGCUGCUCCGGCUGCAACCCCUGCGGCAGUUGCAAGCAGUGUUGCUCAUGCCCCACCGACUGCUGCAACUGCAAGCCAAGCUGCGGCUGUUUCAGCGCGCAAUGUUGCAGCUGUGCGGCAUGCUGCUCCUCGUGCUUAAGCUGCUUCAGUUGCUUCGGUUGCUUCAAGUCCUUCAAGUGCUCCAACCUGUUCGGGUGCUGCUCCUGCAAGCAGUGCUUCAAGUGCCAGUCGUCGUGCUGCAAGGGUGCGCCAUCCUGCUGCAAGUGCCAGUCGUCGUGCUGUGAGGGUGAAGACGGCAGCAGCUGCUGCCGGAGGUCAUGCUGCAGUGUUCCGAAGCCGGCUUGCCCUGGGUGCUCGUGCGGGUGCGUUUGGUCCUGCAAGAAGUGUACAGAUGGGUGUCGAUGUUCUGGGUGCCGCAAUCCGUGCUGUGCCACUGGAUGCUUGUGUUGAGGUUGAACUAGACGUUUUCUUUGGUUGUUAUUUUUUGCGUGUGCCAUUUUAGAUGGCCGUUGGUUUCCGUCGUGCUUUGAUAUAUGGUGUGGCGUCCUUGUCUGUAAAGAAAUCCCAUGUCACCAGAAGAAAUUGAAGCGUCAAUAGUAGUCAUGAAGUACUACAAAAUUUAGAUGCCUUUUGACCUUCAUGACAUGGUACAUCUUCACCACUCUCGGAGGAUUUAGUGAAUGUCCUUUUGGCCACUUCAAUCUGUAUAGACAAUCAUAUCACUUCUUAUAUUAAGUUUUUUCAUUUGAU